CCACGAACAACUACCAGGCGUAGCGUGUUCUUGUCUAUAGUACCAAAAUUGCUUUAUAUUGCGAAGCGAAGUAGCAGGUAACAUAAAUUUGACUGGCUAUUUCUCCUUUGCAGAGUUGUUUCUUCUUUAAUUACAUUUUUUAAAAUUGAAGAAGUUUGAAAUCGAAGGUUAGAAAUUUUUGCUUUCUCAGUCGAUCAUCAAGAAAGUGUUUGCUCCUUCAAAGCUGUUGGUGUCUGCUAAUCGCAAAGAACUUGGGCUACUCUAGGUUUAAUUAUUUGUCUUCUUAAAGUUUGUUUUUUUUUUCUUAUAAAAAUACUUUUUUGCCCCUUCCUUGACUCGACGCAAACAGCGUGUAUGCUUCUUACAGCUCAUCCUUUUUCUUGUUCGAGCAAUUACUGAAGCAAGCAUACUUUUAUUUUCUUUUUCCCUAGAAAAGCUUGUAUAAGACAACAAUUAAGCUUUACUUUACGAUCAUCGUUGAUUUUUAGAAAAUCACAAGUAACAGCUAAAAUUGGUCGAGUUUUUUGUCUUGCCAAUUAAAUCCGUUGACAAUUUCUUGUUUUCCCUUUUAAAAAAGUUUUUUUUUUUUCUUUGCUGCUAAGAACCGAAGAAUUCGUUCUUAUCACGCUCUGCUGUACUCUUUCUUGUAUACCUUUCUUAUUACCAACAUCUUAUAUCAAUUUUGCACAAAAUGGACGGCAAACGAAAAAUGGAUCAUGCUGAAAAUGGUCAUUAUGAGGAUCUUCCCUAUGACACCAAGCGCAAGCCAGUAUUUCCCCCUUUCAUUGCAGACUCUCUCUCAGAAGCAUCAGAAAAAGCCAAUGAAUCUGGUGGCGACAUAAAUGCUCGUCUUCAAAUUUUGUCGGAAAUGUCGAAACGCGUUCAAUCCACAACACCUCUUUCGAACCUUGAGGUUUACAAACAAGCUGGAAACAUUGCUCCUGGCUUAGCCGCCCCUAGUAUGACGACUCCUGAAAGCUUCCUUCCUCAAUCUUUCCCUGGAACGAUUCCUUCUGUUCCCCCUGUAAAUCCCUACGCCACUCCUUUUGCCAAUCCACAGAUACCCUAUGGAGGAGUGCCGAAUUUCUUGGACACUCAAAAUUUCAAUAUGCAGCCACCAUAUCCAGGAAUGGUUGGCACGAUGCCCUCUUAUGCGGAUGAAGAGGAAGACGCUAGUGACUCCUUACCUCUUUCGCUUUCAUCACAGUCUCUCGUUUCGCAGACGCAACCUCCUAGAACAUCUGCUCAUCGCCCAACCAUGCGUGAAAGAUACGCUGCUAGCGGCAAUGUGACGAAUGGACUCCAAUUUACUUUGCCCAUCUCUUCUCGCAAAACGUAUGAACCUGAAGCCGAUGAUGACAGUAAUGACGAUAUGUACUCUGACGAUGAAUCUAAUGCUGAUCGUUGGGCAUCACGAAUUGACACUGCGGCUUUGAAAGAGGAAGUUCUCAAGUAUAUGAACCGAUGUUCAACGCAAGACAUUGCUGAUAUGACCGGUUGCACUCUAGCCGAAGCGGAAUUUAUGGUUGCCAAACGACCCUUUGCCGACCUUGAGUCUGCUUUGGUCGUUAAACAACCUCGUCCCGUAAUUCCCAAGGGUAGACGUGGUAGACGUGAAAAAACUCCCUUAGGUCCUCGACUCGUUGGCAUUUGUAUGGAAAUUAUGCGUGGUUACUUUGUUGUUGAUGCUUUGAUCCGUCAAUGUGAACAGUUGGGUGGAAAAAUUCAGCGAGGAGUUGAAAACUGGGGUUUACCAAGCUCCUCUACUUUUGAAGAAGGAGAAACUUCUAUUGUUAGUUUUGAUCAAAUGAAAAACAUUGGCACUCCUUCCAAUGCUAAUUUCAUAACAAGUCCCCCAGCUUCCUUUUCGCAAGAUGUGAGUUUACAAGAUUAUCAGAUUAUAGGUAUCAAUUGGCUGUAUUUGCUUUAUGAACUCAAGUUAGCAGGUAUUUUGGCUGAUGAAAUGGGUCUUGGAAAAACAUGUCAAACGAUUGCCUUUUUCGCAAUGCUGAUGGAUAAGAAUGUUAAUGGUCCUCAUUUGGUUAUUGCACCUGCAUCCACCAUGGAGAAUUGGUUGCGUGAGUUUGCAAAGUUCUGUCCAAAACUGAAAAUUGAGCUGUACUAUGGUUCUCAAAUCGAACGUGAAGAGAUUCGGGAAAGAAUUAAUUCCAACAAAGAUUCCUACAAUGUCAUGUUAACAACAUACCGUUUGGCUGCAACUAGUAAAGCUGAUCGGUUAUUUUUGCGUAAUCAAAAAUUUAACGUUUGCAUUUAUGAUGAGGGACAUUAUCUUAAGAAUCGUGCUUCCGAACGUUAUCGUCACCUGAUGAGUAUUCCUGCAGACUUUCGUGUACUGUUAACUGGUACUCCCCUUCAAAACAAUUUGAAAGAAUUAAUUUCGUUGUUAGCAUUUAUUCUUCCUCAUGUAUUUGACUACGGUUUGAAGAGUUUGGAUGUUAUUUUUACGAUGAAGAAGUCGCCAGAGAGUGAUUUUGAAAGAGCACUACUUUCAGAACAGCGAGUUUCCAGAGCCAAGAUGAUGAUGGCGCCAUUCGUUUUACGCCGUAAAAAGAGUCAAGUACUGGAUGCUCUACCCAAGAAGGUACGCAUUAUAGAAUUUUGUGAGUUCUCUGAAGAAGAGCGAAAGAGAUAUGAUGAAUUUGCGAACAAGCAAAGCGUCAAUAAUCUUUUAGAUGAGAAUGUCAUGAAAACGAAUUUAGAUACAAAUGCCAAUCUCGCAAAAAAGAAGAGUACUGCUGGUUUUGUUUUGGUUCAACUUCGGAAGCUUGCGGAUCACCCAAUGUUGUUUCGUAUUCUUUAUAAGGAUGAAAUACUUCGAAAAAUGGCUAAGGCAAUUAUGAAUGAGCCACAGUAUAAGAAGGCGAAUGAAAACUAUAUAUUCGAAGAUAUGCAAUAUAUGUCGGAUAUUGAGUUACAUAACCUUUGCGGCAAAUUCUCUACAAUUCAACCCUUCCAGUUGAAAGACGAACCUUGGAUGAAUGCUACUAAAGUCAGAAAACUGAAAACUUUGUUGGAGAACGCCAUUGCCAGGGGAGAUCGUAUUGUUUUGUUUAGUCAAUUUACACAGGUCCUUGACAUUCUCCAAUUGGUUAUGAAAAGUUUGAAUUUGAAAUUUUUGAGAUUUGAUGGAUCAACACAAGUCGAUUUCCGACAAGACUUGAUUGAUCAAUUCUAUGCUGAUGAAAGUAUCAAUGUUUUCCUACUGUCAACAAAGGCUGGUGGAUUUGGUAUCAACUUGGCUUGUGCCAAUAUGGUGAUUCUUUACGAUGUGUCAUUUAAUCCAUUCGAUGAUUUGCAAGCGGAAGAUCGGGCUCAUCGUGUAGGACAGAAAAAAGAGGUGACAGUUAUUAAAUUCGUGGUUAAAAAUACGAUCGAAGAACACAUUCAACGUUUGGCGAAUGCCAAGAUUGCUUUGGAUGCCACGCUUUCAGAAAAGGAUAAUGAAAAAGCAGAAUCAGAAGAAACCGAUUAAACGGAAAAAAAUACAAAAAGAAGAAUGGUUGUAAUUGCAUUUACCUUAUUUAAUUCGUCGGGUGCAUUCUAGUGUAUACUUCAUGAACCAGUGUUUUAUUAUUUUGUUGUACCUUUUUUGGAAAUAUACCGAGCAAAGGUGGGAGAUUUAAUAAGUCUAGUAAAGCUAAAAUAUUAAUAUAAUUAUAAUAUUUCCUAGAAAAG